AUGGCUGACGACGAACUCUUUACAAGGGCCAUCUCUGGGUAUCGGGACGCUUUUUUGGAUCGGCAUUCCCACCUUUCGGAAGCAGAGCGCAAUCAACUCUGGGGUCAACGGUUAAGUCAGUUCAUACCGGCUACAGCUUCCUCCAGCAACAGCUACCGCCCAGUCCCCAGUUCUGGCAUCCUUAACGGCGGCUCUACUCUCGAGAAAUCUGGGAAAAGGAUUCGGCAGGAUACUCCCCGGACUUUACCUGGUUCUGGUCUCCCUCCGACAAAACGACGAGUCACCACUCCGGAACCCCCGGUGACCGUUGAUCUGACGCGCGAGCUGUCGCAUGCAUCCUCGCCGGCAGCACCACAGACAUCUCAGCACCUGACUAGGUCGAAUUCUCGGAAGGACGGCUCCUCUCCUCUCUCAGGUCCUGGGUUCUCUCGGUAUACGGCCAUGGCCCGCUCGCAGAGUCAGCAGACUCCGGCUUCCCACCGGCCGUCACUUACCCCCGCCGUGACGGGAUACCGACACUCCUUUGGACCUCCACGCACCAAGCGUCGCUUUGACCACGUCAGCGAGUACUCUCCAUCCGAAUACGCCAAACAACAUUUGGAUGACCACCCUGCCCAAAGCGGUGUCUCGGCACUUUCUAUGGCACUUUCUGCGGAUUCGACGUCGACUGGACUUGGGCAAAAUCCCCAGCCUGUCCCCGACCAGCAGUACCAAGGAAAAUCCGAUUUGACAUCCGGCCUGGCGGGACUGGGAAAUCCUUCGUUGGCCGACCAUCCGGUUGCGGGUGCAGUUGAAAUGAGUAGGAGCACCACCACUGAUUCUCUAUGUGGUGGCUUGGGCAUGAUGAGGUUUGAUUCGUCAGGUCCGAUUCUUGACCCUACACUCUCUUUUCCAUUCCCUUCCUCCGAUUUCGUGGCAUCCACACCCCCCAUGAACGCCCCAUUCUCUGCCUCCUUCGCAUCUGUUCACCAGGAUCUAGAUCCUGUCUCCUUCCCGUUUGCCGAGUCUUCAGCCCUGCCUCUGUUCUCCUGUUCUGCCCCUUCCACCUCAUCUUUUGCUCAACCUGUUUCUGCCCUGUCUUUAUCUCCUGCAGUGGAGAUGAAACAUUCCAUGUCUGCCGAGAGCAGCAACUCUCUUUCCCAGCCGUCGAGAGCUGUUCGGAGGGCACAGGAACAGAUUGUUCAGGGUGCUAGGCCCAUUGCUCCCAAAGUGGACCCAAGUAGCUCUCCAUCAAAAGCGGCAGAGCAGCAUAAAAUGAUACGCAUCUCAUCCUCCGAUGGGACGGCUAAGGAGGUGGCUGCGAUUCCCAAGGCUUCAAUACAGCGCCCCCCGCGUCCUAAGACGUAUUGCACGAUGUGCAACGACCAGCCAGAUGGCUUCCAUGGGGAGCACGAGCUGCGUCGACAUAUCGAGCGAGUUCAUGCUGUGGUUCGGAAGGUUUGGGUAUGCAUCGACAUCUCCCCAGGCAAAACCUUCCUGGCCAACUGCAAAGCCUGUCGGAAUGGGAAGCGAUAUGGCGCCAAUUACAAUGCUGCUGCUCAUCUGCGCCGUACCCAUUUCAACCCUUGCCAGCGUGGCCGGGGUGGACGUGGAAAAGACAGUGAGAAACGAGGCGGUAAAGGAGGUGGCAACCUCCCACCUAUGGAUGUUCUGAAGCACUGGAUGGUGCAGAAAGAAGAGGUUGUCGUCGAGAAUGCUCAAAAUUAUGUUGACCAGGACAUACUAGGAGACGACCUGACGGCAGCCCCAUCGUCGGUGCCGGCAGAGGAUGCGACGUUCGGUGGGUUACCGUCAGCGUCAGUCGGCGAUCUGUCUUCUCAUGAGAUGGAGUCGACCUUGAUGACUGGGUAUGAUGCCUUUUCUGCACUUCCAUCGAUGAACAUGGGUUCGUCACUUGACGCUUGUUAUUUGGAUGCUCAGCCUCUGGCUCCUGAGAUCGAUUCGUAUGUGUGA